AUGGACCACUUUCCAAAUUACUGGGGAAUGCCUCCACAAGAGUCUUUUGAUCGAUACAACAUUUUUCAAGACAAAACGAAAAACAAUGCCAUUUCAGACCCAACAACUAAUACAAAGCAGCCAAUCGUCACAGGCACAUCAGUAAUAGCCUUUAAAUACAAGGAUGCCUCUUUUGGAUCUCUUGCUCGCUAUCGGGAGGUCGAACGUUUGUACCCAGUGGGCGAAUAUACUGUUCUUGCUUCAUCCGGAGAUUUCUCGGACUUUCAAUAUGUUAAACAUACGCUCGAUAAAAUAAUGACUAAAGAGUAUUACACAAAUGACGGUCAUAUACUUGGAACACCACACAUCUAUGAGUAUUUGAGCCAAGUUAUGUAUCAUCGCCGAUCAAAAUUAAAUCCUCUUUGGAAUGCUUUUGUCGUUGGCGGAUAUCAUAAUGGUGAAGGGUACUUGGGAUAUGUGAAUCUUCUAGGAACCACUUUUCAAGCAUCAACAAUUACAACAGGAAUUGGCAUGUACAUGGCUUCACCGCUAUUGCGCAAAGCAGUUGAAGGGCACGAGGAUACACUUACUGAAGCCGAGGCUGUUGACCUUGUAGAGCAGGUCAUGAGAGUAUUAUACUAUCGAGAUUCCCAAAGUAUAAACAGGUAUCAACGUGCAAAAAUUACCGCGCAAGGCGUGGAAAUAUCUCCAUUAUUAUCAGCACCAACUGACUGGAGUAUUGGAAAGGACCUUAGAGGUUAUCAAUAA